AUGAGCCGAUGGCUUCACGCAUGGUGGGACAGGCAGGCCGAGACCCACCGCAAGAUCAUGGGCCUUCUGGAUGACCUGGAGUUGAUGUUCUGGACACUUGAGGGCGGAUUCCCAGGAGUCCUUCGUUUGAACAGAAGUGUCUCCCGUAACGUCGUCACCUUCAAGCCGCAUCAAUUCGAAGGAGACAAGCAGCUCCCGAGGCAGCAAACCAGGUGGAUGCUGGGCUUUUGCCAGAGGUUGUUCCGAGAGGAACCGGGCGAGACGCAGCAGUUCCUGGACGUUGGCUGCGGGAUCGGAGACCUGACGCGAGAGGAGCUGCUUCCUCGAUGCCUGCCGUGCCGACGCAUCGUCGCCGUCGACGUGUCGGCCGACAUGGUGGAGCACGCCGCUCGUCACUAUCAUCACGACAGGCUUAAGUUCAGGAAGUUGGACGUAGUCAACGACGAGGACGUGGCCGAGUUCAUCGACGAGCAUGGUCUGUUCGACAGGGUGUACUCGUUUCACACUGUCAUCUGGGUGCGAGACCAAGCGAAGGCGCUGAAGAACAUGGCCAGGCUCCUGAAGCCUCACGGAGAGUGCCUCCUUAUCUUCCCCUCGUCCGUGCGGUCUGUGGAUGUCAACCGGAACCUCGUUAGAAUGCAGCGUUGGAGCAAGUAUUCUCACAUGAGCGACAAUUGA